AUGCCUGCUCGGACGCCCUUAAUUGCCAUUGGUGGGUCUGUAGAUGAGAGUGAUGAGGAGUUGUUCACGGUUCCUGACCUGGGGGCGGAGCCCAGCAGCUCGAAGGCCUCUCCGAGCACGCCGGUCAAUCCUAGUGGAAGUGGCGGCAGCGGAGGCGGCGAUGGAGAAGGACGGCGGGCAAAGGUUCGCAGGGGGCGGAAUCCUCAAGACAGGGAGCACCGGAGACUCAAGAGGUGAUUCUCCCUCUCUCUCAUCCUUUGCCCUCUGUCGUCUUCCCUUCUCUCCUUCCGUCCCUAGAGACCUGGGUAAGUCUUAGAAUCUUACCACUGAACAUGGCGUUGUGAGCUGCCGUGAUGCGGCCGAUCGGGCGAUUUCCAACCCCUGGAAGCUAUUUCUCAACUCUGACUCGCAUACUGCUCAAAUACAUCAUUCCACAUCCUCUUAGAAACCAAGACAGUGGGCAGACUUCAACUGCCUUCCAAUUCUCCUCCAAUAAUGGGAAUAUUGAGUUCUUGCUUUAAAACACAUCAUAGUGAGAGUUUCCUGGCCGAUUGCCUUCCCUUUGGCAUCAAAAUAUUCCCGCGCCAUCUCCUGUAUUCCAGCGAUUUCAAUCGCUAGCAUGCAUUCUUAUAAUCUCACUGGCAACUCUUUUGAGCUCUUCUUCAUUCGUCCAUUCGCCAUCAUCGAACUCCUUCGAAGUUCUGCUGCAGGACUUCCGAUGCAAUUGUCUCGUCGAUUAGAAAAUAUUCACACAUCGGACGAACGAGAAAAUAUUAAUCGAUUUCCUCGGCGUGAGGAAGCCUAUAAUCACCACUUCAGUCAGAUGCCCCCCUCAUUGAAACCAUGAUUGACAGUAGUAGUCGGAGUUUACUACGGGUCUACUCCCACUGGACGAACAACAGCAACUGAUGUGAUGGGGGCCGAGUUGUAAGCAAUUUGUGAUUGUUAGCUGUUGACCCAAGCUCACUGAUCUAAUUAUGGGAUGGCUGGCUCCACUAAUGACCAUGAGUGUUAGGACUCGGAAACAUAAUAAAAACUGACUUAAAAUGUGCCAGUCAGAUCCAGACAGAUCGUGUGGACAGCAGUGGGUUUGACUUGGUUCCAUUGAGUGUGUUGAGGCUAAAUUUGUUGGCUUAAACGUUUGAACUCGUAUUCAGGCUCGAAAGAUUUGGAAAUUUAUCUGACAUGUGCCAGUCAACCGAAUCCUGAUUGUGUCAUUGACCAUGGGUUAUAAAAUCAUAUUAUUGACUAAUUACUGACGCUUCAAGCUGGGAAGGGUAUCGUUUACUCUGGGAUGGUCGCAUUCUCAUCAGCUUGAAUGUUUUUCUGGGGGAAUGUUGACUAUGUUCAUCGUUUAUGUCUAUAUACACAUUUUGGUCUGUGAGUCUUCGAAAUAAACUGGCUCUAACUGUCGGAUGUCCAAGUUUCUGUUAAACUGGAAGAUGUAUGCGAGACAGUAACGCUUAUCGCUUCUUUGGUGGUCUAUAGCGUUCAUGCACCUCACAUGCGAGUUCUCAAAACAGGUUGCUCAGGAAUAGGGUUUCUGCUCAGCAGGCCAGAGAGAGAAAGAAGGUCUAUGUGAGUGAUCUCGAAUCAAUGGCCAAAGUGAUUCGUGAUAAGAAUGCAAAACUGGCGGAGAAGAUCUCCACAUUGGUCAACGAGAACAGCAUGCUCCGGAAGGUCCACUGCUUGAGUUUAUCGCAUAAAUUAGUUCUCACUUAUUUCCAGAUUCUGACAGGCUGGCUGCGAUCUUGCUCAUUGUCGCAGGUUCUUGUCAACAUGAGGCCUAAAGCCGAUGAAGGCGAAGGAGCCGGCACCUUAGAUGACCAGCUGGGAAACAGUGGAUCAUCGUUCUCAUAG